AUGGUGAACCGCGCGCACUUGGUCAUCCUCGUCCUCGCCUACCGCCUCCUGGUAUCCCUCUCAGCUGAAGCACAGGCACAGCACACCAAAGAGUCGUAUGUCGUCUACAUGGGGAGUCCUUCCGCUUCCUCGGCAGCCGGCGACGUGGAGGCGGUGCGCGCCGCCCACCUUGAGAUGCUGUCGUCCGUCGUGGCGAGCGGCGAGCAGGAGCCACGCCCGUCCACGCCGUCGCUCACGCAUAGCUACCACCACGCGUUCCAGGGCUUCGCCGCCGACCUCACCGACGAGGAGGCCGCCGCGCUGUCCGACCACGAGAGGGUGGUGUCCGUGUUCCGGGACCGCGCUCUGCAGCUGCACACCACGCGUUCGUGGGACUUCCUCGACACCCAGUCCGGCCUCCGCACCGACCGCCUCGGCCGCCGGGCCUCCGGCGAUGUCAUCAUCGGCGUCAUCGACACCGGUGUCUGGCCGGAGUCGCAGAGCUUCAACGACGCCGGGAUGGGGGACGUGCCGGCGAGGUGGCGAGGCCUGUGCAUGGAAGGCCCGGACUUCAAGAAGAGCAAUUGCAACAAGAAGCUCAUCGGGGCGCGGUACUACGGCAUCCAGGCCGGCUCGGCGGCGCCCACGUCGUCUAACGCCUCCCUUGGCGAGGUAACGGCCGCGAUGACCGGCUCGCCGCGAGACACCGUCGGUCACGGCACGCACUGCGCAUCUACGGCCGCGGGCGCGGUGGUGGCGGACGCGGACUACUACGGCCUGGCCCGGGGCGCGGCCAAGGGCGGCGCGCCCGCGAGCCGCGUGGCCACGUACAAGGUGUGCGCCAUGGGCGGGUGCUCCAGCUCGGCAUUGCUCAAGGCCAUCGACGACGCGGUGAGCGACGGCGUGGACGUGAUCUCCAUCUCCAUCGGCAUGAGCUCCGCCUUGGCGUCCGACUUCCUCAGCGACCCCAUCGCGCUGGGCGCGUUCCACGCGCACCAGAGGGGCGUCCUGGUGGUCUGCUCCGGCGGCAACGACGGCCCUAAUCCCUACACGGUGGUCAACUCGGCGCCGUGGAUCCUCACCGUCGCCGCUUCCAGCAUCGACCGCACCUUCCAGUCCAGCAUCGUCCUCGGCAACGGGAACGUCGUCAAGGGAGUCGCCAUCAACUUCUCCAACCAAAGCCUGAGCGGAGAGCGGUUCCGUCUGGUGUUGGGAGCACAAGCGGCAGACCGGUACACGCCGGUGUCCGAGGCAAGCAACUGUUAUCCGGGAUCGCUGGACGUGCAGAAGGUAGCCGGAAAGAUGGUAGUGUGCGUGGGCACGAACUCGAUGGUGUCGCGGCGGGUGAAGAAGCUGGUGGCGGAGGGGUCCGGGGCGAGUGGGCUGGUGUUGAUCGACGACACGGAGAAGGACGUGCCGUUGGACGCCGGCAGCUUCGCCUUCUCCCAGGUGGGCGCCGACUUGGGCGCGCAGAUCCUCGACUACAUCAACUCCACCAAGAAUCCGACGGCCGUGAUCCUCCCAACCGAGGACGUGAAGCUGUUCAAGCCCGCGCCCAUGGUGGCGUCCUUCUCAGCGCGCGGCCCUGGUGGUCUCACCGAAUCCAUCCUCAAGCCUGAUCUAAUGGCGCCCGGGGUGAGCAUCCUCGCCGCUGCCAUGCCGUCCACAGACAAGGCGGACGUCCCGGACGGCAACAAGGCCUCGGCAUUCGCCAUCAAGUCCGGCACUUCCAUGGCCUGCCCGCACGUCGCAGGCGCCGCCGCCUUCGUCAAGUCGGCCCACCCGGGCUGGUCCCCGUCCAUGAUCAGAUCAGCUCUCAUGACCACAGCGACGACGAGAAACAACCUUGGGCAGCCGGUUGCGAUCAACACCGGCGCGGUGGCGACCGGACACGACAUGGGCGCCGGCGAGAUCAGCCCGCUGCGGGCGCUCAGUCCGGGCCUGGUGUUUGACACCACCGCAAAGGACUACCUCAACUUCCUCUGCUACUACGGCUACAAGGCCAAGCUGGUUCGCAUGGUCUCCGGCGACGCCGGGUUCGCCUGCCCGCGUGGCGCGCCCUCGCCGGAUCUCAUCGCCACGGGCUUCAACUACCCCUCCAUCUCCGUGCCGAGGCUCGCGGCCGGGAAAACGGUCACCGUCUCGCGCACCGCCAUAAACGUGGGGCCCUCGAACGCCACGUACACGGCGACCGUCGAGGCGCCGGCGGGCCUGUCUUUGAAUGUGUUGCCCGAGCGGCUGGUGUUCUCGAGGCGGUGGACAACGGCGGCGUACGAGGUGAGUUUUGCGAGCGUUGGGGCCAGCAAGGGGUACACAUACGGCGCCGUCACCUGGUCAGAUGGCGCGCACUCGGUCCGGACGCCUUUCGCGGUUAAUGUCGUGUGA